UUCACCCUCCCACUUAGCUCAGACUCUCGGUGGGUGAAACAGCAGUGUAAUUCUAUUACUUCCUCCACUAUAGUUCAUUAUUUCCUCUCUGUAAAAAUAACAAAUUUCACCUCUGGACAUGGACUGCGCUCUGGACCAACUGGAUGCUGCAGGAUUUCUGCGCAUCUGGCAACACUUUGAUGCAGAUGAUAAUGGCUACAUUGAAGGGAACGAGCUAGAUGCAUUUUUUCGCCACCUUCUGAUAAAACUGGGACCUGGGGAUAAGAUAACAGAGGAGAAGGUGCAGCAGCUGAAGGCCAGGUUCAUGUCUGCCUACGAUGUUACAGCUGAUGGUCGCCUGCAGAUUCAGGAACUCGCCAAUAUGAUCCUACCAGAAGAAGAGAACUUUCUGUUGUUGUUCCACCGUGAGGCUCUUCUGGACAACAGCGUGGAGUUUAUGAAGAUCUGGAGAAAGUAUGAUGCAGACAGCAGUGGAUAUAUUUCUGCAGCCGAGCUGAGGAAUUUCCUGAAGGAUCUCUUUCAACAGCACAAAAAGGAAGUGUCCUCUAACAAGCUGGACGAAUACACAGAUGCCAUGAUGAAUAUAUUUGACAAGAACAAAGAUGGCCGCUUGGAUCUGAAUGAUUUAGCUAGAAUCCUGGCUCUACAGGAGAACUUCCUUUUGCAGUUUAAGAUGGAUGCAAACACUCUAGAUGAAAGAAAACAAGACUUUGAAAAAAUCUUCACUCAUUACGAUGUUAGUAAAACAGGUGCUCUUGAGGGACCUGAGGUGGACGGAUUUGUCAAAGACAUGAUGGAGCUGGUCAGGCCAAGUAUAUCUGGACCGGAGCUGGACCAGCUCAGAGUUGUGCUGCUGCGUCAUUGUGACAUGAAUAAAGAUGGAAAGAUUCAGAAGAAUGAGCUGGCCCUGUGUUUAGGGGUGAAAAUUAAACCCUAGUAUCUUAGAUGGAGUUAAUUACGCAACAUCAAUCUGUGGGAGUGUUUAUUACAAAAAUGUGUGCUUUUUUAUAAUCUGUUUAAAUACUGUUACAGACACAUGCUAAUAAUUUCAUGUUUUUAACAGCGUUGUUCUGACAUCACUGGUCCUGGGGUUCAUUUAACAUCAGUUUUCAGCAGAUGCUAUAAUAUCCAGGAGAAAAAAACUGUCACUCAUUACUCACCUUUAUUUUGUGUUUGUGUGUGUGUGUGUGUGUGUGUGUGUGUGUGUGUGUGUGUGUGCAUGUGAGUGUGCAUGUGAGUGCAUGCGUGUGUGUCAGCACAAAGCUGCACAAACAAACAACAGCUGUAUUCCGGAGCUUCUUCAUUUUUGUUAUGAUAGCUACAGCAUUCAGUUUAAUAAUAAAUAUGUUUCGGGCUUCAAAUUGUUUAUUUCUAAACAAGCUUAUACAAACUCAUUACCUGUAACCGUGUUAUUUUUCCUCUUCUUUACACACAUCCUAAUUUGUCCAAAUGUCACCACCUUUUUAAUGCUAACUAGCUGAAUUGUUCACUUAGUUGAUAUUAUUGUAUUACUCCAGCAGCACAUAGUUAAUAAUAAUAGCUAGCUAACACUAAGCAUGUGUGUUAAUAAAGAUACAGGAGAGAGAGAUUGAAACCUAUAAAAUACUUUUGUAGUACUAUUUCAGCUCCUAAUGAGAAUCAGCCUAAUGGAAUUGAUCUGGAUUUCAUGGUCCCUUAACUACAGUUUAAGUCCAGGAACGGAUUCAGUUUCAUUACUUGCCAUGUGUUAAUGCUAACAAAAUCAAUUGAAGUGAAUAUAAUGCUUAAGUUAGCUGUGUUGUUCAUACAAAAUUCUGACUGAUUUAACACAAAAGAUUUAUUUUCACAAUUACCCAUGCCAGAUCUUCAAUUCAUUUGAUUGCACACAGCAAUGCUAAAAUAUCAAUCAAUAGCAAUCAACAGCAAAUCCCAUCAUUCUGUUCAUUGUAUGACGUUUCCAUGACAGAAAUAAAACAACAUGAUGGACAGAUAUGAGAAUAAACAUUAGAGAAGCCAUGUAAGUGAUGGUAAAAGUGUGAUUAUUAGCAUGUGUCUGUACUGUAGUUUCAAAACAUGUAGCGUUGUUAGCGGUUAGCAAGUGUUUGCAUGUGCUGUGGUUUGAGUGCAGCCCUACAUAUUUAACUGUGUAGAAUUUGUGCAACAUAUUUAUUCUCGACACGCCCUGCCAUUUAUUUCUACACUGAGUGCAUGUUUAAAGAAGAGCAACACAUCUUGUUUUGCAUGUUCUUUGAAGUGGUGUGAUUUUGAAUAAAGAAGGUUGUAGGUAUAAA